CACUCAAGUGCGCAAAUGUUAACAUAACUUGUGAAGCGUAGCAGACAUGCGCACCCUAGCCUAACCCCGCCAGAAUCUACUCAGCAAAAGACCCCGCGUUGAAAGGGAGAACGGAUUUGCGAGCAGUAUACAGCAUGAUUCGUGUGGAUACCCUUUUAGUGUUCGCCUUUUGUUUGGUCGUUCUGACAGCUCUCUGUUCAGGUGAUGUACCUGCUUCGCAGUCCAACAACCAAUGGUUCAAAGAUGGCGUCUCGACCGUCAAGAAGCACCUCCUCCAACGCCCAAACACCAAGCCGGCUAAGAACCUAAUCAUCUUUGUCGGAGAUGGAUGCGAUAUCAAUACCAACACUGCUGGUCGGAUUCUGAAAGGACAGCUGAAAGGGCAGGUCGGUGAGAAGGGUUGGUUAAGCUACGAGGAGUUCCCGUAUACUGGAUUGUCGAAGACUUACACCACGAACCGCCAGGGGUCGGACUCGGCAGGAACUGCGAAUGCUAUGUUUACUGGUGUCAAGACGAGAUCAGCGAUGAUCGGCGUGAAUGAAGAAGUCGUGACCAAUAAAUGCGAGACACUCACCGAGGACCGUAAGGUCGACAGUAUACUGAAGCUCGCAGAGGAAGCCGGGAUGGCAACAGGAUUUAUUACCUCCAUGCGUCUAACACACGCGACACCCGCGAACUUGUACGCGCACUCCGCAAGCAGGUACUGGGAAAGCGACAAGGAAAUGGUAUCUAGAGGAUACGGCAAUACUUCAUGCAAGGAUAUGGCUCAACAGUUAGUUGACUUCCAAGGCUCAGUGGGUGAUGGUAUCGAGGUCGUGAUGGGCGGUGGUCGCCGAAGCUUUCUCCCGAACACUACACGUGAUCCUGAACACGUGAACAAGACAGGCGAGCGGUACGAUGGGCGUAACCUCAUCCAGGAGUGGCUCAACAAGAGGGAGGGGUCCGUCUACGCCUGGAACAAGACCCAAUUUGACGCAGUAGAUCCCAAAACUACCAAACAUUUUCUAGGUAUGUUUGAGAGCAGCCACAUGCAAUUCGCAAUCGACCGUGACGAGGAUGUAGGAGGAGAACCCUCCAUAGCUGAAAUGGUGGAGAAGGCUGUCUCCAUCCUUAAGAACAACGACAAUGGCAAGGGCUUCUUCCUCGCUGUUGAAGCUGGAUUGAUUGACAUCGGCCAUCAUAAUGGUAUCGCCCGCCAAGCCCUUAAUGAGGUCGUGAAUUUGGAAGAAGGUGUUGCAAAGGCGGUCGAAAUGACGGACAAAGAGGACACACUGAUUAUAUCAACCGCUGACCAUGGUCACGUGUUCACCUUGACUGGGUACCCGGAUAUAAAUAGCCCCAUAUUUGGACUAAUGAAGCAGGACGGUGAAGUGAAGCUUGCAUUGAAUGACAACAAGCCUUAUACCAUCCUGGGCUACAUGAACGGACCGGGGGCAGUCAAGGGGGUAAGGGCGAACCUCACAGGGGUGGACACGGGAGCUAAGGACUUCAAGCAGCAAGCGCUGUACAUUGGUUAUGAUUAUGACGAGGCUCAUGGAAGUCAGGAUGUUGGCAUAUACUCACGCGGACCGUGGGCUCAUCUAUUGACGGGCGUGGUCGAGCAGAAUGUCAUUUUCCACGUGAUGGACCACGCCCUGUGUCUGUCAAGCAGUAAACAGGGCACGUGCUCCAAGCCCGAGGCACGUGGGGGGCCUUCAGCAUCUGCUGCCAUGGUAACCGCACUAUUCGCCCCUCUUGUUGCCGCACUUGUCACGUGCUUAGUGCUUUACUAAUGCACCUACUGUUACCAGGAGAACGAGAUAUGGAAUAACUGGUUUGACUGGUUUGACUAUAUCUAACUAGAUAUAGUGUAGUAAUGUUACCAAAAGAAUGAGAUAUGAUAACUUGUUUUACAAUAUCUAAGUAGGCUGGGUGUAGAAGUAUUACCAGGAGAGAGAAAACGGUGUAAAGAGUUUUACUAUAUCUAAGCAGUAUAGUGUAGUAGUUUUACCAGGAAAACGAGAUAUAGCUGGUUUGACUGGUAUAACCGUUUUGACUGUAUCUAAGUAGUGUAGUGUAGUGCUGUAUUUUCACAGUAUACGUGGGAAGUCGAGCAGAAAUAUCACACGCAAAGUCUACGCGUUCACAAUUGGUUACUAGUUUAGUUAGCAUAACCUCCCUGUGUAAAAGCGCCGUAAUAACAAUAAUGGAGAAUUCGCGACCGGAAAAUUCGCGAACCUGAAAAUUCGCGAUCUAAGGUCUUGGACCCCGAGGUUUUUUUGACCCCCCAAAAUACUACUAAUUUACAUACAAAAUAACUACAAAAUACCCGCUGACGGUUUAUUAAAUCGCGGAUUUAACCCUUGGACCCCAAGACCCGCGAAUUUUCCAACAUUUACUGUAAUUAUAUAACAUAAUGUUAGAGCAUAACCGCACCUAUGUAGUACGUUCUUUAUUAUUAUUUUUUAUAAAAGUUUAAAUAAAGGUGUAAGGUUAAAA